AUGGAGCAGCUCACAACACUCUUGAUCGCAAACAGGGGCGAGAUAGCAGUCCGGAUCAUCAAGACAGCAAGACACCUGGGAAUCAAGACCGUAGCCAUCUACACAGAGCCAGAUUCAGCCUCGCAACACGUCGCCGAGGCAGACAUUUCCUUCCUCCUGGAGGGCGACGCCACAAGAGCCUACCUCGACGGCGACCAGAUCAUCCAGAAAGCCAGGGACGCCGGCGCGCAGGCCAUCAUCCCCGGCUACGGGUUCCUGUCCGAGGAUGCCAGCUUCGCCCGGUCCGUCGCCGCAGCAGGCCAGUGCUUCGUCGGCCCGAGCCCAGAGGGCAUCGAGCAGUUCGGGCUCAAGCACACGGCGCGGGAGCUGGCCCUAGCAGCCGGCGUGCCCGUCGUCCCCGGCACGCAGGGGCUGCUGGACGACGCUGAUGCUGCAGCACGCGCGGCGGACGGGCUCGGGUAUCCUGUGAUGCUCAAGUCCACGGCCGGCGGGGGCGGGAUGGGGCUGCAGACCUGUGGUGACGAGGGCCAGCUGAGGAAGGCGUUCGAGACGGUGCAGUCCCGCGGGGCUGCGCUGUUCAAGAACGCCGGUGUGUUCUUGGAGAAGUACUACCCAGCUGCGCACCACAUCGAGGUGCAGGUGUUUGGUAAUGGCCAGGGUAAGGUCGCGGCGCUGGGUGAGAGGGAGUGUAGUAUCCAGCGCAGGCACCAGAAGGUGAUUGAGGAGUGUCCCAGUCCAUUCGUGGCGCAGAAGAGGCCCGAGCUGCGGGGGCAGCUCUGUGCUGCUGCUAUAUCGCUUGCAGAGUCUGUCAAAUAUGCAAGUGCAGGGACCCUGGAGUUCUUGGUUGAUGAUGAGAGUGGUGCUUUCUUCUUUCUGGAGAUGAAUACCAGAUUGCAGGUGGAGCACGGUGUCACGGAGAUGGUCUAUGGAGUUGACCUGGUGGAGUUAAUGCUCCGCCAGGCUGAUACGCAGUUGGCAGGGAAAGGAGGAUUGGACACCACGGUUGUGGAAAACCUCUCGAGAUCAUGUCAAGAACCAAAGGGGCAUGCUAUCGAAGUGCGAGUCUACGCUGAGAACCCGGCAAGAGACUAUGCCCCUUCUCCAGGACUGUUGCAGCAGGUCAUCUUCCAUGAGCUUCCUGGAACGCGUGUCGACACCUGGGUCCGAGCUGGAAUAACCAUCAGUCCUAAUUAUGAUCCCUUGUUGGCGAAGGUGCUCCACCACGCACAAAGCAGAUCGGAGGCUGUCGAGGAGCUCAAAACGGUUCUCUCAAAGUCGUCCAUAUGUGGGCCCCCAACCAAUCUCGAUUUCCUCCUUGCAAUACUGGAAUCCCCAGAAUUUGAGUCCGGCAACACAAUCACUCAGUUCCUUUCCACCUUUGACUUCCGCCCCCCAGCCAUCGACGUACUUGCCGGAGGCUCCUACACUCUCGUCGAAGACUAUCCAGGCCGGCCAACAAUCGGCAAGGGCUUUGGACACGGCGGGCCGAUGGACCCGAUUUCCUUUCAGAUAGGCAAUGCCCUUGUUGGUAACCCGCUUGGAAAAGAGGGCCUCGAGAUCACGCUCACUGGACCUGACCUCAGAUUCUUGGCGGAUGCGGUCGUUUCUCUCACGGGCGCUGCCAUCUCAGCCACGCUCGACGGCAAGGAUUUUCCGAUGUGGCAGAGAGUAAGGAUAGCUGCGGGGCAGCGCUUGACAAUCGGGAAGAGUUUAUCGAAUGCUGGGUGCAGGUCGUACCUCGCGGUUUACGGCGGCUUUCUGAAUGUUGCGGAGUGGUUUGGAUCCAAGGCCACUGUGCCGCUGACCUUGGUUGGUGGAUAUCAAGGUCGCCCAUUGGCAACGGUUAGUCAUUGGCAUUUCAUCAGUUCUGGUUUCACAUUGGGAGACAUGCUCCGCAUCGUGGACACACUUCCUCCUGAGCCAGAAGCGAGCCACCCGAUGUCGAUACCAGAGAGCAUUUUGCCGAAGCAUGAGGAACACUGGGUUCUGCAUGUAAUGCACGGGCCAUACUGCGAAGAGUUCCUAGCUCCCGAGGACAUCGAUAUGUUCUACAAUACGGACUGGGAGGUAUCCCACAACGCUGCUCGAGGAGGCAUCCGGCUCAUUGGACCUCGGCCUAAAUGGGCCAGGACAUCGGGCGGAGAAGGCGGCUCGCACCCUAGCAACGUGAUCGAGUACGGCUACCCUAUCGGGGGCAUUAAUUUCACAGGAGACGAGCCGGUGAUCUUUCCCAAUGACUGCCCGGACUUCGGGGGUUUUGUCUGCCCUUUCACUGUUGUGAAGGCGGACUACUGGAAAGUGGGACAGCUGCGCGCCGGAAACACGGUCAAGUUCGUUCCAGUUUCGUUGGAAGAAGCCCUCUGGUCCCGGAAGGCGAACGACGCUUUUGUCGACAAGAUUGCCAAGUGGCUGGAUUCUGGCUCAUUUGAGACUGUGCAAAGCCUAGACGCCACGUCUAUCCUAAAAGCACCUUCUUCAGUACAACCGGCUCUUAUUAGGUUCUCCGAGGAAACAUCGAGCAGGCCACGCAUCUCCUACCGUCAGGGGGGAGACGACUACUUGUUGGUCGAUUAUGGGCAUGGAUCUUUCGACAUCAACCAUAAAUGCCGCAUCACAGCUCUCAAACGCAGACUCGAAGCUGGCACCGGACCCAUUCGCUUUUCCGCAACCGGCGAAGGCAUCUAUAACACAGUUUGCAUCGGAAAUUCCAUGAUGAUCUACUACAACGGGCUAGCGAUUCCACAGGCUCAACUGUUGGAUCAUCUUGAGGCGCUGGAAGACGAGCUUGGCGACCUGAGCUCCAUCACGAUGCCGAACCGCACGUUCAGGCUGCCCGUGACGUUCACUCACCCCCGGCUGACAGAGUCAAUCGAGCGGUAUAUGGCGAACCAGAGACCAUACGCGAGCUACCUCCCGGAUAACUUCAAAUUCGUCGCUGAGAACAACGCCAUAACCCCGGAGGAAUUCCGCAAGCUUUGGUUGACUGCCGAAUUCGUGUGCAUCGGUGUUGGUUUCUUCAUGGCUCUUCCCUUGGGCCUGCCAGCGGACCCACGCCACCGUCUCAACAGCCCGAAGAUGAACCCGUCCAGGACAUUCACCCCGGAAGGCACGAUCUCAUGGGGCGGGUCAUGCCUUGCCAUCUAUCCGGUUGACUCUCCGGGCGGAUACAUGCUCAAUGGCUUGACUCUCCCUUCAUGUGACAAGCUAGGUUACAAGAAGGGCUUUUCGAAGGAUCGGCCGUGGUUGUAUGAGGACAUGGACAUUAUAACAUUCUAUGAGGUGAGCGAGGAGGAGUAUGAUCGUGAGAUUGCGCUCUUCAGGAGUGGCAGGUACGAGUUCAGGGUUGAGCCCACGACGUUUGAUAUGAAGCGACACAACGAGCUGCUGGAGAGCGUCAAGGACGAAGUCGUGAUUAUCAAGAAGAAGCAAGAAGAGGCUCAAGAGAAGAUGGUGAGGCUUGAGAAGGAGCUGCUGGCUAAAUGGGACGAGGAGAAGAAAGCAAGCGGUGUGUCCAUGGAGAGCAUCCAGUCUUUGUUGGAUGAUCCAAACAUCGAGGCUAUUGAAGCACCCGUCAACGCAAAUGUGUGGAAGGUGCUUGUAGAAGAAGGCCAGGUGCUGGAGAAGGGACAAGUGGCUACAAUUCUUGAAGCGAUGAAGAUGGAGAUCAAUGUCGGUGUCGACGAUCGCUUUGCGGGCUCAAAGAUCGAGAAGGUUCUGAUUCAGCCGAACGAUAUAGUUCAAGCCGGGAAACCACUUGUCUUGGUCAGAACUGGGAACUGA